AGACGAGUGUUCGCCGUCCUCGCAAUCGCAUCGCCCGCAUCAUAGGAAGUCGUCAAUUCGGAAAUCGUGUUUGCCGCGAGUGAAGAUCCGUUGGAGUGAUUAAUAGGCCGCGUUCGAGGAAGCCAAGUGCGUGCAAAUCUCUGUGAAUCGUGCCAAUUGUCUGGGCAUCCGGGCUGAGAUAAAUGGUUCUGCAGGUCGCUUAGUUGUAAGUCAAUCAGUCGCCUUUGGCACUUAGACUGGCGUGUGAGUGAAGCCGGAAAGGGUGUAAUUUAGUAUCCUCCGGCAGUAUAUUUCGGGAAGUGAUAAGUGUUAAUGACGCUCUGGGUUUAGCCGACAAAAAGAAAAUUGUCGUGAAGUUUGUGUAGACUUGUGGGCCACGUUGGCCAAUUAUGGAAAAGUAGAAGGAUCAAUUGCCGAAGGGGAAUCACCUGCACAAUGACUCAUCUCAUGUUCCGACGCGGAGGAAUUUUCACAGUCAUCCUCGUCUUUUGCCAUGUGAAUGUAGAAAGUGUCUUGGGCAGUAUAUCGUCCUCAAUGAUUCACUCAAAACUUACGUCGAGCAAUGGCUUCUUCACGGGACCCUACCUGGAUGGCCGAGGUGUCUUCAAUGUUACAACUCAAAUUGGCACUCACGCUUACCUUCCGUGCAAGGUAAAGCAACUGGGCAACAAAUCAGUGUCAUGGGUUCGUGUCCGGGAUGAUCACAUUCUAACCGUUGACAGGAUAAAAUUCAUCGCCGACGAUAGAUUCCAAUCAUUCUAUGUGGAGCACACAGGGUUCUGGACUCUUCAAAUUAAAUACGUCCAGGCUAGAGAUGCAGGACUAUAUGAGUGUCAAGUGUCGGCUGAGCCAAAAGUUAGUGCACGAGUUCAUCUGCAUGUUGUAGUUCCUCGCACUGAACUUGUGGGUGUCCCAGAUCGCUAUGUAAAGGCCGGCAGUACUGUGAUCAUCCGGUGCAUUGUGCGUGGAGCCCUGGAGCCACCCUCUUAUAUAAUCUGGUACCAUGGAAGUCACCAGCUAGUCACCGAAAAUCGUCACGGUUGGCGCUCUCAAAUAGAUCGAGGUGGUCCUGAUGUGGAUGGAGACAUUCAUAGCACGAUCGGAUCAUUAAUCAUCGAAAGUGCAAAGAAACGAGAUUCCGGCAAUUACUCGUGUAGCCCAUCAAAUAGUCCUCCAGUUACUGUUACACUGCAUGUAAUUAAUGACGAAUCUUCAGCCUCUGCAGUAAAAUCAUCUGCAUCCCUAUGUGAGGAAAAUUUGUCGACUGCUCUCAUCUUAGUGCUUAUGCUAAUGCUCUCCGUGACGUAACAACACCAUCUUACAGAAGAACCCACAUGAUUCUACAACACAAAUCCAAUAUCCUAGAUGCUUCACCGUAAAAGAAGAGUGGGCGAUUUUCCCUCAUGAUCUCUGAUUUUUUUUUGGAACUUGUAUAUAUGUAGAGCCCUAAGAUAUAUAAAAAAAAUACUCACCAGUCCACCCACGCGUUCCCAAUUGGAUGGCCAAUUGGUGACAGGAGAAUAAAUGUACAUUUGAUGCAAAUCUCAUGGAGACAGAGGAGAAAAAAAUGUCCAAAAAAAAUGGAACAAAAUGUGUCACUAUCGAAUUCAAGAGUUGACCAAAAGACUGAAUUGACCUACCAUUCAUUUGUGAUGGGUCUAUUUUUGAAUUUUACCAUUGCAAAUUGAUUUCAUUAUCGAAUCCACCAAAAUCCCCCCCAAAAAAAGCCAUCUCAGUACAGUUGUAAGAUAAUUGCUUGAUAAAAGAAAAUUUGAGGCUCAACCCUGAUAAAUCUUCCAUUCCCAUAAGCUUUUUCUACUAAAUCAUUCGUUUUUUCCCCCCUGGAAAAUGUCUUAUACUUUUUCACACAAUUUUCCUUCAACAGUGAAAGCAAGAUUUACGAUAUGUAAAUAAUGUUAGAUAUAAAUUUUGAUGACAAUGAAGUGGAUACCAGUAAAGAAAGAACAUCUGAUACAAAAAAAAAGAAUAAAUGAAUUUAGAUUACAUGAGUAAAUAUUUACUUAAUAAAUUAAUUAAAAUGACGAAGAAUGAAGGAUACUGCUAGUCUUAAUUAAUUGUAACGUAAUAUUGUAAAUUAAAUGUAUUUUUAAUCAUAAAAUAUUGCCAUAGAAAAUGAAUUGAGGAGUGAAGAAAAGUGAAGAAAAGACCAUCAAGGACAGAAGUAGAAAAAAAUGGAUCAGUAAAGACACUUAAGGACGAAAAAAGAAUUCGGAGAAAUUUAUUGUGUACAUAAGGCUUCAAAAAUAUUGUGUGGAAAUGUUAAUACAGAAAUUUCAUGGUUU